GCUCACCCCGACGGCAAGAUUUUCUUCGAGGCGCCGCUCGAGGCCGUCAGCGAGCGCUUGGUUCUCAUCGGCCUGGUCGAGCGUGUCUUCCUCUGCCUCCGCGACGAGAGCCUCGACGAGGCCCACCCGCUGUUUCGAGACGGGCCGAACUAUGGUCUGCUGCAGGCCUGGCUGCGCGACGCCAAGUGGGAGGGGGCCGUGGCAGCCUUUGAGGCGCUGGAGCUCUCGCACGGCGGUGGGCGCCUGGCGAGGCGCACCUGGUCGGUCACGACGAAGCGCCAGGGAGCCAAGGGAAGCCCUGCGAGGCUGUACGACCGCCUGCUCAUACCCGGAAUACAGCAGUCUGCGAGGGAGGUUCUGCAAUCACGCCUGGGACACUUGGGCUACAGCCAUGCGCACUGCCCAGGCAUGAUGGUCACCAUCUACGUGACGUCCAUCCUCGCCUACAUCGCUUUGCCCAUACUGCAGCGUCGCGUCAGGCAAGGCUACUUCCCUCACAAAGGCCUCCACCACAGCAUAUGUUGGGGCCUCGCGAAGACCGCUCAGCUCGAGCCUGGGCAGCUGGUUGUUGAUCCCAUGGCAGGGAAGGGCGUCAUUUUGCUCGAGGCUGCGGCGUAUUGGCCCUCGUGCCGCUACCUGGCUGGAGAGGCAGACAGCGACCAGCUCUCAAAGGCUGCGGAGAACCUCGCGUACGCCACAGCUCGGGGCGUACUCCGGGAGGGGGCAAAAGGCAUCGGCUUGUUGUGGGCGGAUUGCCGUCGAUUGCCCCUGCCAAGCGCAAGCGUGGACGUUGUCCUGUGUGACCUGCCUUGGGGCCGCCAGUUCGGCGAGGAGGAGUCCAACACUCCUCUGUAUCGAGAGCUUCUCAUCGAGGUGGCCAGAGUACUGAGGCGACAGAAAGGCAGGGCGCUUCUCUUCACCAUGUCAACCGCAGGGAAUGACAAGGCGAUGUCAGCAGCCAUCGACGCCUCGGAUCUCUGUUUGGUGAGGAACGUGCGCUUCCGCUUCGGCGGCAAUCACAACCGCUUGCCCUGCACCCUGUACUGCUUGGCGCACCCGCCGCUGCAAGGGGCCUCUCGCGCAGGGGCGGCGGCUCUGGAGGGCCUCUUUGACUGGAGCUGCUUCGAGAGGUGCCAGCACCGCUCGAGCUCGUCUGUCGCCCAGGCCGAGCGAUCCGGCGCGGAGUCGACCGACUUCGUCUUUCAGGACGUCAAGCCACUUCUGGAGUUCUAUCUGCCAGGGCCCAGUGCGGAAGCAGAAGGGGCGACGGCUCGCGGUGAGGUCGGCGGAGGCUCGCGCAACCCAUCGACCGGGCAGCCGCAGCCAGCGCUUUCUCGCGAAGGGGCGUGCUUUGCUCUUCACCUCUGUCGCGAGGAGUAUGCAAGGGCGCUGUGCUUCUACAGGAUGCGCCAUCUGGCCCCUGCGACGAAGGUACCAAAGAGUGCCCCAAUGGGCAGAAAAAGAGCCGCAGGAUGGCCCCUAGUAGUAUGGCCCGCAAGGUCCAGAGACAGCCCCACGAGGGCCGCAUGA